CGGUGGCCCUGCGGUCCGCCGGGUGGUCAGCGAGCCCGUUGGCGCUGAGGGAGCGGCCGCCCUCCAGCCCCACCGCGCUGAGCUCUCAGCCCCUCUGGCCCCGCCCACCGGCCGCGCCGCGUCAUGCCAGGCGCUGCUGGGUGCUAGUGCCCGGGCCGCCACCCUCCCGCCCGCCCGAAGCCGCGCCCACUGCCCAGAGCCAGAGGGAUGGUGGUAGUCACGGGGCGGGAGCCAGACAACCGUCGUCCGGACGGUGCCAUGUCCAGCUCCGACGCCGAAGACGACUUUCUGGAGCCGGCCACCCCUACGGCCACGCAGGCUGGGCACGCACUGCCCCUGCUCCCGCAGGAGUUCCCCGAGGUCGUCCCCCUCAACAUCGGAGGGGCUCACUUCACCACACGCCUGUCCACCCUGCGACGCUACGAGGAUACCAUGCUGGCGGCGAUGUUCAGCGGGCGGCACUACAUCCCCACCGACGCCGAGGGCCGCUACUUCAUCGACCGGGACGGCGCACACUUCGGAGAUGUGCUGAAUUUCCUGCGCUCGGGGGACCUGCCGCCCCGGGAGCGCGUGCGGGCCGUGUACAAGGAGGCCCAGUACUAUGCCAUUGGGCCCCUCCUGGAGCAGCUGGAGAACAUGCAGCCGCUGAAGGGGGAGAAGGUGCGCCAGGCGUUUCUGGGGCUCAUGCCCUAUUACAAAGACCAUUUGGAGCGGAUCGUGGAGAUUGCCCGGCUGCGCGCCGUCCAGCGCAAGGCCCGCUUUGCCAAGCUCAAGGUCUGUGUCUUCAAGGAGGAGAUGCCCAUCACCCCCUACGAGUGUCCGCUCCUCAACUCCCUGCGCUUCGAGCGGAGCGAGAGCGACGGGCAGCUCUUCGAGCACCACUGCGAAGUGGAUGUGUCCUUCGGGCCCUGGGAGGCGGUGGCUGACGUUUACGACCUGCUGCACUGCCUGGUCACGGACCUUUCGGCCCAGGGCCUCACCGUGGACCACCAGUGCAUCGGGGUGUGCGACAAGCACCUCAUCAACCACUACUACUGCAAGCGCCCCAUCUAUGAGUUCAAGAUCACGUGGUGGUGAGUAGCCCCGGGAGGGAACAGAGUCCCGUCAGGGAGGGUGUCCGUUCCCCUUGGGGGCUCUGGGAGCGAGGCCCCUGGAAGGGCGGCUGGCUCCUCAGAACCUGCUGAGCUGCGGACCAGACCCUGAGCUCUGAGCACAAGCACAUGGAGCUGCGGCCCCAGUCCCCCCGGCUGUACCUCGGGGCCAGGCUCAGGGCUGGUGGCCUGUGGGGACCCGGGGCCUGCACUCACCUGGCCUCUCCUCGAGGCACGGCAGUCUCUGCCUGAGGCCGAUGGGGUCCGGCCUGCUGGGGCUGGACCGAGAAGCCCGGAGAGGUUUUGUCACUCUCUUGACCUUGCAGGAGAGUUUCUGCCCUGUUUAGAGCCACGUUCCCGGACUGACGUAGACAUCAUCCCUCGCCCUCCGCACCCCCCCUCCCCGGUCCAGGUGUCCCCCUUGUGCUCGGUACAGGCGUGUGAACUAGAAAUGACGGGGGACCGACGCAAGGAGCCCCCGCAGCCCCUGGCCGAGGAAGGAGCGCCUUCUCUCCCUCUUCCCCCAGUGAGAACCCCACGCUUUGUCUCAGGAUGUGCGGAGACUCUUUUCCUCCCCAGACGUUGUCUUCACCACCGUUUGGAGAUGUAACCAUAGUUGCCAAAGCCACGCACCACGUUGGCCUUAGAAAAGCACAAUGUUUACAGCCCUGCCUCGGGGCCUGGGCUUCUCCUACCUUCCACCAACCUUCCUUGCUUGAAGGGUUAUCUUCUCAUGUGGCUGGAAUACACAUUUCAGGGGCUCUUUUCAAAGAUUUCCCCAAAGUCAAGCAGGCAGGAUGCCUGGAUCUUCUGUUACCUUUGGGAUGUAGCAUCCUUUCUCGAGGCUCAGAAUACCUUUGUGGCGGCCCUUCCAUGUGUUCGGAUCCAGUUUCUGGUGAACCUUCUUGGAUAGAAACCCCUGUUGUUUUUUUCCUGCUAUUCUCCUUCUAGGAGAUGAUCUAUUUGGGGAAAGGAGAGUCAGGGCUUGGAGUGCGGGGCAGAGGGGUUGCAGCUGUCCCAGGGGCUGGAGGGAGACAGCUGCAAACCACCAUUUCGUUUUGCCUCCCCACACUUCAGAGGCAAAGGGCCACUAGGUUCUGCUCCCGCUGCAUUUCCUUCUUACGCUGUCUGCAGCCUGGUCAGCCGGUCAGGGCGCAGGCCUGCAUCCUCUAAAGGAAGUGCUGUGCAGCGCCAGUCAUCAGACCGGGACCCUCCUGUGUGGUGUUCAGGGCUUCUCCGCAUAAUCGUGAUGGAACUUGACUGCUCCUGGGUGUUGUUGUAGGGAGAUUUCUUUUUUAGAGGAGCCUCACUGCUCUCAGUCUUACAAGACCAGACAGGUGAGGAGGGCAAGGCGGAGCUGAAGAUGUGUGCCUCCUUCCGAGGAAGAGAAGGCCGAGCCCUGGGACCCUGGCUGAAUUCCUUCCCAAGGCAGUGACCUCUAGGCCCCAGGAUGGGAAGAUUCCAAGGCAUGGCCUUGGGCUCUUACAUUGUAUCUUGUAUGCGUGGAGCAGGCGCCAGGAUAAGGGGACCAUGCAGUCGGCGGUUCAGGUUCCGAGAUACCGUGUUCUCUCAUUGUUCUCAUCCACAAGUGGAUUGUCACUUUGCUGGAGCUGAUGUCCCCGCGUGGACCUUACCCCAGCGGCACAGCUCUUGCCUCCUUCUAACAGAAGAGUCUUUCAUUGAAGUUGCUCUGAUUGGUGUUACUGCCUUCCAAGUUCGUGUUUGCCCGACGCCAAGGCAGGCUGUGCAGCGGGGAGCCGGUGCCAGGAGAGAGCAGAUAAUUAAGCCCCGAGCUUUUGGGAAUCUGAUCCCCGCCCCUUCUCUUUCCCUCCUCGACCCAGAGCAUCCAGGCACUUGGUUAUUUAGAGUCCUUACGCAUAAGCCAGGGCAGGCCUGGGUCACUCAAAUGCAGGUUUCCUUAAAAUUGUGCCCCGAAGAUUUGCUUGGGGCUCCAGGGACGCUGGGUAAGGAUGCUAAUGGUCCUUGCACCUCUUGCUGGAGACACCCCUGUUUCUCUGUCCCCCGUGUGCUCACGGUGACGUGCUCUGUGCCAUGGCGGGGAGACAAGGCUCUUAAGCCAGUAGACCAAGCAGAGCAGGGACACUGGCAGUCAGUUAGACCUCUUCCUAAACGGAGGAAAGGAAUUCAGUGGCCCGCUUUGGCCGUCCUCUGAUGAGAAGCCAAGGCCCGGCUGAAAGGUGCUCAUGAAUGAGGUGGUUUGUAGUGAUGGCCCCCAAACACAGGUCGUCUCAGAGGAAGUGCCCUCUCCCAGUUAUCCCUUUUCAGCUGUAAAUGGCCAGGCCCUGAGCAUGAGAAGCGUUGGGUCAAGAAGGAGGGCUCUGAAGAUGGAUGCUUCUUCUGGGUUGAAAGGAAGUCUGUUUUCUUUUCUUUCUUUUUUUUCUAUUUUUUAGGGCCACACCCAC